CUCUCCCCUCGGCGUCCUCCGCCCCGCGCCUUUCCCCGGCGCCUGUAGCCAGUCAGGGGUGGUCGGGACGGAUCGCAGCCCGGGCACCGAGGCUAAGGGGACCUCAAGAAAUUUUCUUUUUUGCGCAAGUCAAAUCAUAUGUGGGUAUUAGGAUGCCCUCGACGCGGUUUUUUCCCAAACUUGUCUUCUCGGGUAUCUGACUAAAGAAAUUUUAAAAAGUAGUGCUAGGAAAGUUCUCACGACUCUGUCCAGUGGGGAGGAAAGUGCAAAAGUGCCCCGCACAGAAGAGAAUUCCGAAGCAGGCAUUCGUACUCAUUUAUGUGGAAACUUUCUUGAAAAGCUACAUUUAAGUUAGUAGUGAUCUGAUUUUUUUUUUCUUGAGGAAUAACUAAGGGCAGAAAGAUUUUUAUUUUCUUAGGAAAGACAGCAUGAGGUGAUGCAGUGUUGCCCGUGCAUUUCUCUGUCAUGGUAUUUCGAGUCUUUAUUUGUGAAGUUUGAACGUGGAGUUCCAGCCCCUGAAGUACUUGUGAUGGCACACUGCACAGCUUUCCUGGUUAAUUCUCAGCCCGGUGUUAGCGACGCACCGUAUUAGACGCUAAGAAAAGAUUCUGGUAGUGUAGACGGUGGCUGCAAGGAAGUUUGUUUUUCAGAGAUGAGAGAAAAAAUUAAGUGCGCGGGAAAGGUGUAUAGUCAAGUGCUUUGGGAAGGGCAGUACUUCGGUUUGGAGCUUCAGGAAAGGGUUCCUGAAAUAGGUGGCAUUUUUAAGGUGGGUACCAAAGGAUGGGUAAGAUUUUGUUAGGUAGCGGUGGGGGCAGGGAAAGGGCAUUUCAAGGGUGAAGCUUAUGCAGAAAACAAGCGUUUUCAAGUUUGGCUGAAGUGGAUGGUAUAAGCUGGGGGAGCUGUGGAAAUUCAGGCUAGGAGAGGGAGCUUGCUUGCCAGUCGGAGGGGUUUAUACUCAAUAUGGGAGGCUGCAGGGGAGCCCUCAGCUAGCGACACACUUGAGCUGUGCUUUAUAUAGUCAGUCACUUACAAGUGCCAUUGGACAAGGAAAAGUUUCAAAGUUGAGAAAUAAUGAGAGUACUUAAUUAUCAGUUUUCACUUUUAGAAUGAUUAUAAGAAGUGCAGAAGUUAAACAAGUUUAGCAACUUUCGAUCCAUUACUACUAGACAAUUGUUUCUUCUUUCCUCAUUUCUCAUCCCAAAUUACCUUUCUCUGUCCAGACUUACCGUUUUCAUAGUAAAAACAAAUAGGGGAGUGUUUCUAGCAUUUCAUUUACCAGGUAGAAAAUUAGAGGAUUAGUGCCAUUGGUCACUGGACAAAAAUGAGAAGUGAACUUACAAGUAUGUAUUUCCAUGGUAAUUUUUUAAGAAGUCAGUUUUGAAAAGUAGGUCGGAAAAGCAGUUAUUAAAAAGGCAGUGGCUUUCAGAUGGGUUUUUGCACUUCCUGUUCUUCCCCCUGGUGAGAGUUACCACGUUUUGUUUGAAAGGGUAACUAAGGCUGUUAAGCCAAACCCUCCUGCUCAUAUUUUGAUUAAUGUUUUACUAAUCUAGGUACACAUGCAGGGAAUGUGUUUCCUAGAAUUUUAUGAUAUGAACCUAUAGGUAGCAUAGAUAUUAACUUUCUGUUUUUCCAUUUUUUCUAUACUGCAAUAGGUCAGAGCAGUGAUGCCUGUGAGAAAACCGAAGGGAACCAGAGUGUCAUGCUUAGUAAAACUUCACAAACGGAGUAUUGCAUGAGACCAACUAGAAGCAAGUUGCUAAGGCGGGCUGUGGUUGUUGAGGUGUUAAGGAUAAACAUAAACUUAGAAGAACUAGUUGCUUUUAUAUUUUGACAGCUGGGAAAAACAUAGAGGAGCUAUAAAGAAGAUAGAAUUGUACGGCUCCAUAGUACGCCAACAGUGGAUGUUCAAGAUUAAAUUAGACUCAAGUUGUACGAUUAAGAACACAGGAGCUGUGACUGAUGAGAAUUGAAGGCCAUGGAUGAAGAUGGACUUGAAUUACAACCACAAGAGCCAAACUCUUUUUUUGAUGCAACAGUUUUUCAGAACACUUCCCAUACAUUCCCAUUUGAUCAUCACCACAGUCCUGUGAGGAGCUGAUGCUACACAUAUGGAUGGUGAUCAAAUUGUUGUGGAAGUACAAGAAACUGUUUUUGUCUCUAAUGUUGUGGAUUCAGACAUAACUGUGCAUAACUUUGUUCCUGAUGACCCAGAUUCAGUUGUAAUCCAAGAUGUUAUUGAGGACGUUGUUAUAGAAGAUGUUCAGUGCCCCGAUAUCAUGGAGGAAGCUGAUGUGUCCGAAACCGUCAUCAUUCCUGAGCAAGUGCUGGACUCAGAUGUAACUGAAGAAGUUUCUUUAGCACAUUGCACAGUCCCAGAUGAUGUUUUAGCUUCUGACAUUACAUCAGCCUCAAUGUCUAUGCCAGAGCAUGUCUUGACAAGUGAGUCUAUACAUGUGUCUGAUGUUGGACAUGUUGAACAUGUGGUUCAUGAUAGUGUAGUAGAAGCAGAAAUCGUCACGGAUCCUCUGAGCACUGAUGUAGUUUCAGAAGAAGUAUUGGUAGAAGACUGUGCCUCUGAAGCAGUCAUAGAUGCCAAUGGGAUCCCUGUGGACCAGCAAGAUGAUGACAAAGGCAACUGUGAGGACUACCUUAUGAUCUCCUUGGAUGAUGCUGGUAAAAUAGAACAUGAUGGGUCCUCUGGAAUGACUAUGGAUGCAGAAUCAGAAAUUGAUCCUUGUAAAGUGGACGGCACGUGCCCAGAAGUCAUCAAGGUGUACAUUUUUAAGGCUGACCCUGGAGAGGAUGACUUAGGUGGAACUGUAGACAUUGUGGAGAGUGAGCCUGAGAAUGAUCAUGGAGUCGAACUACUUGAUCAAAACAACAGUAUUCGUGUUCCCAGAGAAAAGAUGGUAUACAUGACUGUCAAUGACUCUCAGCAAGAAGAUGAAGAUUUAAAUGUUGCUGAAAUUGCUGAUGAAGUUUAUAUGGAAGUGAUCGUAGGAGAGGAGGAUGCUGCUGCUGCAGCAGCAGCUGCGGCCCCCCAUGAACAGCAGAUGGAUGACAAUGAAAUCAAAACCUUCAUGCCCAUUGCUUGGGCGGCAGCCUACGGUAAUAAUUCUGAUGGAAUUGAAAACCGGAAUGGCACUGCAAGUGCCCUCUUGCACAUAGAUGAGUCUGCUGGCCUCGGCAGACUGGCUAAACAAAAACCAAAGAAAAGGAGAAGACCUGAUUCCAGGCAGUACCAAACAGCAAUAAUCAUUGGCCCUGAUGGACAUCCCUUGACUGUCUAUCCUUGCAUGAUUUGUGGGAAGAAGUUUAAGUCAAGAGGUUUUUUGAAAAGGCACAUGAAAAACCAUCCCGAGCACCUUACCAAGAAGAAGUACCACUGUACUGACUGUGAUUACACUACUAACAAGAAGAUAAGUUUACACAACCACCUAGAGAGUCACAAGCUGACCAGUAAGGCAGAGAAGGCCAUUGAAUGUGACGAGUGUGGGAAGCAUUUCUCUCAUGCUGGGG